AUGACCCAGAACUCAUUGGGGCUUCAGCUGGACAAGACCGAGUCGGCCCCGGCCGUUGCGGAUCCUCCCGCCGCCGAUGUCCCUUCCAUUGAAGGCGCAGAAGCUAACAAUGACGAAGGCAAAGAGAACCGGGACAAAUCGCCUACCCUUCAGACCGAUGCGCCAGUGAAGGAACAGAAAGAAAAGAAAGCACCAUAUGUCAAUCCAGAGCGUGUUAAGACUGGUGGUCAACAGAGGGAAAAGCUCAGUGACGAGGCGCUCGCCGAACGCAUGACACGCAUUCGUGAACAAAACGAGAAAAUCAAACAGCGCCGGAUGGAUGUGCAAGCUGAUGAAGAUGCGUUCAAAAAGACUCAAGAGAAGGAAGCGGCCAAGCGCCAACAGGCAAAGAAAGUGCAGGAGGACAUCAACCGCACACGUGAGGAGAACGCGCGUCGAAAGAUGAACAAGAUGCAGAGUCGAGAAUGGGACUCUGCGAAGAGAAGUGGCAACGACUUCAGACCGAAGACUGUACCUCAGCCGUCCCUUGAUGCUGCCAACGAUACCGCAAGGCCCGAAGACUCGCAGGCCGCACGUACGCCUACUGCUGAAACGAGUGUAACGCGCGGGUCUGGCCGAGGCCGAGGCCGAGGUGGGCUCCGCGGAAAGGGGAAAGAUAGGGCUGCAUCUUCUGGAGGAGCCUCAGAGCGCGACCCCGCUCCGCAUAACGAUAUGGCGACCGGUGCCUCUACACCAAGUGUAGCCACUGUUGCAGCAACCGCGACGUGA